AUGAAAACUGGUAGUCUAAGUGACCUGCUAACACUUGAAUUAAGCAGCCCAAAGAUUGGUUUGUUCGACCCAAGUGAUGCCAUUGACCAUUGGAUGAUAACCCCAUCUGGACGCCGAAGGAAAUUAUGCUAUAAAAGACGUAUUGCUACUGAAACUGGGACAUCACAAUCAGCAGCUCCCAAAGAACAAUUGACACAGGGGGAAUUUUUGAUUGCAACCAAAAUGGAGUCUGUUCUUGUAGAGCAGGAGCCUCCAAACCUAUCAGAGGGGACUCCUCCCACCUUGUCAGAUCUAGAUGCAUGUAUUAUAGAGCAAGAGCAAGAUUCUGAUAUCAACACAGACAAACCUUUAGAAAGUUCUCCUCCAGAACAAGUAUUUGCUGAAGAGCAUCAUAACCACGGGGAAUGUUCUGACAGAGACAGCGACUCGGAUUAUGAUUCUGGUAUAGAUGAAGAUGAGCCUAUGGAAAUGAGUCAACAAGAAGUUGAAAGAAAUCUAUUAUCUUUCCGUGUAGAAUAUCAGAAAUAAAUGUUAUUCAACUGACAAAGCUUUUUAUCAAUUUCUUCACAAUAUAUAUAAAUUUGAAAACCUGGCCAAAUUAUGAAAAAUUUUGUAUGAAUUUUCGGGCUACCUAAAAUUUGUUCGGGCUAUGUGAUAUUUUAAUGGACCAAGCCCGAAUGU